CUCGGCUUUACGCUUGCGGCACACACGACUCUUGUGGGCCAUCGGACGGCAGAACAGUGCUCGGAUAGCAUAACUGUGACCAAAAUAUUGUGCCUCACGAUCGCUGCGCGGCGGUGCGUCGAUUCCGCACAAAAAGCAGUGGUGGCCUUGCAAGUGCGAAGCUCCUAGCGGUUGUAGAAGCGCCGCACGCCAUCGGCGCGACCCCGAGAGGUCAUCUACACUACCGUAACAACGCCGGCGCCGCGCCCAGCACGCAACCAUGGCGAACCAGGUCAAUGAGCGGUUCGCCGAGGACUACCCCGAGUCCUACAGAGCGGCAGACGGGCUGCGCGGCGUCACGCCCGAGGAAAUGCAGCAAACGAAACUCGUGGGCCAGAUGGAGAACUUAGUUGCGGACCUGGAUAGAAGAGCGUCGCUCCGGGCGCCCACUGAUCAGUUAUCGUACCUCACGUCCGCACAACUGGACGAGGAGUACGCCUGGAUCGUGAAGAGGCUGUUUGCAGACCGCGACCCUGGCCGGAGACUCUACGAGGAAAAGUCGCGGGACUUUGACCAAUAUUAUCGGGAUUCGGCCGACGAGGUCUCCAUGCAAUUUUUGAAUGCGUACAAGGAGCGGUUCGGGCGCGAGCCGCCCCAGACGCUCGUGGAGUACGCGUUUCCGCUCAGGGACGCGUCCUCUUCGCGUAAGGACGAGGUCCGCGCGGCGCUCGACGCGGCGUAUGACAGGUUGCGCGCCGCGGCAUUGAAGCGCGAGGCGCCGUCGGAGGGGGUGUUCCUUGUUUGUCCUCGGGGGCUGCGGAAGGCGUGAGGUUUUUUGUCUGGUCGCGCGCGUCUCUCGUUUGUUGGGUAAAUUUUGUAGCUU